AUGGAUCCGAGAAUGAUUAAAGCAGCUCAAGAUGGAGAUGUAGAUUCUUUGUACGCAUUACUUGGGGAGGAUUCAUAUAUUCUUGAAUACGUUGAUAAUAUUCCAUUCAUUAAUACUCCAUUACACUGGGCUGCAAUUCAUGGCCAUACCUCUUUUGCAUUCGAAAUUUUAAAUCUGAAACCUUCAUUCAGUAUGAAGCUAAACCAAGAUGGAUUUAGUCCUAUGCACCUGGCUUCUACAUAUGGGCACCUUGAGGUUGUGAAAGUUUUACUGAAAGUUGAUGAUGGACACCGCUUAGAGAAACUGAAAGAGAUAUUAGCAGUCGAUGGUGAUCUUUGUAACCUUAAGGGUAAAGGGCGAAUGACUCCUCUUCAUUGUGCAUCCAUCGCUGGACAUCAUGACCUUCUAAGUUGGCAAGACCAAGAAGGCAACAAUGUCUUGCAUCUUGCAGUACUUUUAAAAGGACAUAGCAAGGUUAAGGUGGUUGAGCUAUUGCUUCAUCAUCGUGGAAUCCUUGUAAGAAAAGCUGUGAAGAUCAACUCCAAGAACAAACAUGGAUUUACAGCCUUGGAUCUUAUAUUAAUGGAGGAGGUUCCAAUGGGACAGGACCAGGGCAAAGUAGAAAGCAUCCUUCGUGGUGUUGGAGCUAAAACAGGGAAUGAUGAUAUUGGGCGUGAAACAAGAAGAACUUCUCUCAAGAUGAAAUGGGUGCUUGCCCAUUACAUAAAACCAGUGCUUCAGUAUUUCAGUUUCAGGGUAGAUUUAGAUAUUCCAAAUGAAAUAAGGAAUGCACUAUUUAUAGUAGUUGCUCUUAUUGCAACAGCAACCUACCAGACUGGAAUUACCCCUCCCGGUGGUUUGUGGCAGGAUACCUACAUCAAUAGUGGCCCCGACGAUCCUAUACCGUCGCAUGAUGCUGGAAAUCCGAUUUGGUAUACUUAUGAUCCACACGAAUCGGAAUCAAAGGUUGAUGAUUCAUACUGGUUUUGUAAAGAUACAACAAAUAUGUAA